AUGAACAAAGAAAAUGUCGGUGUUGGACAACUAUCAGAUGAACAAAGGGCUCGAAUUUCCAGAAAUUUUAGAGCUGCCAAAGCUCUUCUUGAUCGGAAGCGCCCUCGAGAUACCUCUAACGCGUUCGAUUCAUUUCCUCACAAAAUUGGGGUUGUGAAGGGGGUUGAAACUGCAUCUGUUGUUGGCAGUGCCAAUAGAGUGCCUCUUUCAGACAUUUCAGUGAAAACUCCUAUUUCGGUUAGGAACUAUAAAUUAUAUGAGAGUGGGUCUGUCAGAAGUUCUCAUUUCAAGGUGCCAUCUGUUGGUAAAAGUGAUGAUUGUUUGCUUGCGGGGACAAGGGUUUCACCAGAUGAGAAUGGAAAAGCUCAUAGUUCAUUUCAGACUCCAGUCAGCCAAGUAAGUUAUAGUGGGAGUUCAUGUGCCAAGGGAGUUUCUGUAAGUAGAAUUGACUUCGGGCAUGGUACAGAGAACCCAGACGAGAAUAAAUUAAGUUUGGAUUCCUUCAAAACUCCGAUCAGGCCUUUAGUUUGUAAUGUAAGUCCUGGAAACAACAUCCCAGCUGAACAGAAGGAAUCCAGUGACUAUUGUUUGAAUGAAAGGAAAUUGGGUGCUGUUAUGGAAACCAAUAUUGGAUUAACUUCAUGCAAGACUCCAAUGACACACCAGUCAUGUUCUAGUUUUGACGAGUCUUCCACAAUAAUGCCUACCAUUUUUUAUGAAGACUUUGAUGAUUCAAUUCUAGCCGAAAUUGAUGAAUUAUGCGAGUCUGGGACGAAGCCCAAGCUAGCAGCUGAGGAGUCUAGCUGUGACAUUCAUCUGAGGAGUGCACUUGCUGAAAAGAACAGCUGUGAACUGAGAACUGAUGUGAGUGCUCUUGUUUUACAGGACUUACAAAGUGAUAAUGUUUCAGAUGGAAGUAGUGACAGUGGAUGCGGGAAACAAGAGUCUGAGAGUUCUCAGGCUUUGCAAAUUGGAGGCAUGCCUGAGGAGUAUGCAAAAUAUAUGCAGUCUCUAAAUGAUAGGCAACGGGAAGCAGCCUGCAGUGACAUUUCAAUACCUUUGAUGAUUGUUGCUGGACCUGGAAGUGGUAAGACAUCUACCAUGGUCGGGCGUGUCUUAAUGCUUCUUCACAAGGGCAUUGAAGCAUCCUGCAUUUUGGCUAUGACAUUCACUACGGCUGCUGCUUCUGAAAUGCGAGAUAGGAUUGGAGCAGUGGCUGGGAAGGCAGCAGCAAAGGAACUGAUGAUCAGCACCUUCCACUCGUUCUCAUUGCAACUCUGUCGUUCACAUGCUGAGAAGUUAGGUCGUACACCAGAGUUUUUGCUAUAUGGUCAGGGACAACAAAGAAAGGCAGUCAUUGAAGCUGUGCGCCUCACAGAGACUGGAAAGAACCUACAAGCUUUAGAUUCUGACAAACUCUGUGAGGAGGCUAAUGUCAGUAAAAAUCGCCCAGAAGACUUUAGGGAGAAGUCAAAGAAAUGGCUGAAAUUCGUGGCACAAGCUAAAGCUUCUGGGAAAUCUUUUGAAGAUUGCCAGAGAAUGGGAAAUGAGAUAGGAGCUGCAAUUCUUAGAAAAUAUGAGAACAUAUUAGAAUCAUGCAAUGCUCUGGAUUAUCACGAUUUAAUUAGCUGCUCUGUCAAGCUGCUUACCAGUUUUCCUGAAGUUUUCAAGGAGUGCCAGGAGUCAUGGCAAGCAAUCGUAAUAGAUGAGUUUCAGGACACAAGUGCUAUGCAAUAUGAUUUGUUACGAAUUCUUGCAUCACAUAAGCGCAUAACAAUUGUUGGAGACGAGGAUCAGUCAAUCUUCAGUUUCAACGGUGCGGAUGCAAGUGGAUUCAAGUCAUUCUGCAAAGAUUUUCAACCUCACAAGGAGAUCAGACUAAAUAAGAACUAUCGCUCUACCCGUUGUAUUGUUGAUGCUGCAUCAUUUCUUAUACGGAAUAAUUCAAAACGAUGUCAGUUGAAGAAAGUUCUUACUGAUAAUUCUUCCGGGUCUAAGAUUAUUGUCAAAGAAUGUUGUAAUGAGGAUGCACAGUGUGCUUUUGUUGUUGACAAGAUAUUAGAACUUACUUCUUCGGGUUCAUCUGUCAAAGGCACUUUUGGAGAGAUCGCUGUUCUUUACCGGAGACAGGUCUCGGGUAAAAUGUUCCAGACAGCCUUCCGUGAAAGAAAAAUUCCAUUCAAUGUUCAUGGAGUCGCUUUCUACAGAAAAAAGGUGGUAAAGGCCAUUAUGUCUAUGCUCAGAACAACAUUGGUGGCAUGUGAUGAUGAGUCAUAUCGGCGAGUAUUCAAGGCCCUACUACAUCUAGAGAAAGAUGAAAAGAAGAGGGUAAUUGAACAUAUUAAUAAAGUUUCAACCGUAAGAAAAUGCAGCUUCAUAUCUGCUGCAUCUGAUAUAUUCAGUGCAAAGAUCUCUGGUACCUUCAAAAGGAGUCAUCUUACCCAAGGGCGUAAGGUGUUGGUUGCUUUAGAUAUGAUUUCAAAACUUGCUCACAGGGAACAAUCUAUUUCGACUGUCAUCACACAAGUGGCAAACAUGAUACCUCAGAAGUACCUCCUUGAGCAAAGAGCUGUUCUUGAUGUUGAUGGCGGCAAGUUGCUAAACGAAGAACAUGAUCUUAGAUCGGUGCUCCAAUAUAUGUUGGAUGAUGUCUCUGAGUUUCUAAAAUCAUACAACUUUGAUAUACAUGAGAAGAACGGCAAUGCCGCUGACGAAAAAGGGUGCACAAAUGUACUUAAAGCAUUUAUCGAUUUUAUAUCUGAAAGGGAAACAGAAAACUUUCGUACCAGGCGGCGUGACAACAAUCAUGCUGUUACUCUUACUACCAUUCAUCAGUCCAAAGGUUUGGAGUGGGACACUGUUUUCAUAGUAAAGGUAAAUGAAAAUGAAAUCCCCCUUUUGCAUGAAUUUAAUGGCGCCACGAAAGAAACCGGUGCGUCUGUUGAGGAGGAACGGCGCUUACUAUAUGUGGCAGUAACUCGUGCAAGAAAGAAACUUUUUAUUCUAUAUAUCACUAUGGAUUCAAAUUGGCAGGUUCUUCAACCUUCGCGUUUCCUGAAAGAAAUUCCAAGGCAUCUCCUACAAGUCCAGGAUGAGUCAAGUUCAAUGCAUUUGCAAGCAGAGGAUCAUGAACCUCCAAAUAAAAGCUCUCCUGUUAAUGAUGAUGAUAUGCAAGCUGCAGACCAUGCGGCAGUGAAAACAGAAACUGAUGAAGCCAUUGGUAAUUUAUUCGAUGAGGAUUCCAAUGAAUCGAAUGAAACAAUCUUGCCAUGCAAUGGAAAUGAUUUCUUGAAAAGAUUCAGCAGCGAAGAACGAGCAACUGUUUCCCAUUUAUUCCAUCAAUGGGCCAAGAAGGCAGCAUUCAAGGAACCAAAGAGGUUACUUGACAAGGUUGCCUUUGUCAUUGAUGAACGGCUUAGAGCGAAGAAAACUGCACAAAAGGAUGUUCUUCGGUCCCUGAAGUCAUGUUUGAAGAGCGAUGAAGCAUUCCAGUAUGCUGAAAAUGUUCUACGAUGGCUGCAGAUUCCUGCAGACAAACGUGCAUAUAUUACAAGGGAAAAACAGGAACAUUUUCAAAAGUUAAGGAUCGAGAGCGCAAUGGGUUCGUCUGCUGCUACAUCUAAGCAGAUUGCGUACCUACAGAAUCUAGGAUGCACCACGGUCCCAACUUCACGUCUCCAUGCAUCUCGUUUAAUCGAACAGUACAAGUCACUGUAACAUGAUUUCUACCACCAAUGGAACAAAGCAUCUUGCUUGAGGCUUCUGAGGGUAUAAAAACAUCUACAAUGGAACAGCAUUUUCUCGAAUUCCCGUU